UGCAUAGCACUCCACUGCAUGGUUCAUUCAAUCGCCCGAUUCAUCCCGCUCGUCAAGUUCGCGUUCGUCGCUUUAACCAACGUUCAAUUCUUUCCCGACGGUCGUCUCGUGCAGACGGCUUUUGCUCAAGACUUGUACCGUCCCGUCUCCGGAAACACCUCACCGUGCUCAGGUAGAACCGUCCGCAGUGAAUCGACAGCUUGUGUGCACCUUGCACUCUCGUUAUACCUGUCGCGUCCAUCGGACAAUCCCCUCUGCGCAACACCAAAUCGUUUGCUACACCGGCCUUCUGGGACAGAAAACUGGUCGCAUUCCUAGCACACAAACCUAGGGCGAGCCUCAGGCACAAGCGAACCUGUACUUUUCUGCACGUUAAAGCGGUGUAUUGAAGAAGCAACAGCAGUCGCGCACAGUUUUGAGAGUCCUUUCCCAACAAGGAUUCUCUUUCCACAACGUAGCGAUCUGUGUAAAAAGAUGUGCAAGAGUGUGUGUUCGUGAGUGUGUUAGUAUUUGUUACUGGUGCUACCUGUGUGUGAAACGAUCCCGAUCCGGAUACCUUCCCCUGUAUCCUCUCGACCACCUGCUAAUAGCUAAACACCCAGUGUGCCCGUUUCUUCGCAGUAUCGUUUGGCAGCGUGAAAAAGUGAAAUCACAGCAACCAUUGGAAAACAUUACGCGCCCCGAUUUGCAUCUGACCAUCGCGGACUGUGCUGAAUUCUUAAAACGCAAACUCCUGCUUCCUUCCCGGCCCGAAAGGGUAGUUGACCCGGCGUUGUUUGCUCUGGGCAGCGAGCAAAAAAAAAGCCGAAGGCACCGAGUCUGUACGGCGAAGCAUCUUGCUGCAGUACACACCUUCCGAGAGAGAGAGAGAGAAGAGCUCCUUGGUGGCCGCUGGUGCGCGUGUUCCGAGUGUAUCUGUGUGUAAGUGCGUGUGUGUGUGCGCGCGUGUGCGGCAAACGAGUAGACGUGUGUGUGUGUGUGUCUGUGUGCGUAUUUGCGCGCGAGCGAAGGAAAGAUCAAGGCGCGCGGGCGCGCGAGAACGUUAACCUGCUCCGGCUUUAAUUGGCCAAUGUGUAUUGCUGAAAUUGUACGCAGAAACCACACCCGAUCCACCAGCUCACCUUCUUCGCCCAUCUCGCGCUAGUUUUCAUCCGGCAGCUUCCGCAGACGCGUCUUAAAAGCGAGUAACAGCAGCAGCAGCAGCAGCAUCAACAGGUCGGCAUUAGCAACAGCAGCAACAACACCAGGAUGGAACAGCGGUGGAUUUGCUAUUUGGCACAAUUGAUUACCCUCUUGUUGCUACCCGCGUACGGACCCCAGUUUGCCUACAGCUCCACCUCCGCCCGGGCACACACGCUCUGGUCGGACGGACCGGCCGCCGCCGGAUCGAGCGUGGAGAAAUGCUCUCCAAGUGGCAGCCUGAAGUAUCUGUCCGGCGACGCGCUUACCGACAGCCCGAACUGUCUCGGGCCGAACAAUGCACCGUACCCGGCCAGUUUGGUGGCGCGGACGUUUUCCAACUGGACGCCGGGCGGUUCGUCGCGUCGCGGCCGCAUGAGCCAGCUGCCGACGCUGGACCCGAAGCUGACGCAGCGCGCCCUGCUGCAGGCGUACGGCGAUGCGAACGAGGCGGCCACGCUCGAGAGUGCCCGAACGAGAUACAGUCGCUCGCUCGAUAGCAGCCAGUGCCGGGAUACGCCGUCGCGCCUUUGCAAGACCCGCUACAACACCACGGCACCGAUGUACGGCGUUAGCUUAACUUCCGGCCAGCCGGUCACGAUCGUGCAGAAGUUCCCCGAUCUGCUCCAGCAGGUCGUCUUCGAGGUGUGCGAAUCUUCCGAGUGUGACGUUGUGCGCGGUGAAUGCACACAAACGUACGUACCGUACCUGUUCCUGGUGAUCCCCCUCGGUCCGGUAACGCUCACCGGCCAGGACUACGUGCUGGUGGAGAGUGGCUGCGUAUGCAAACCGAAGUACGCCACCGACAAACCGAGGGAGGCGGGCGGUAACUUCAUCCCUUAGGCCGACGAUGUUCAUCCUCAUGACGACACAACGCAUGGAAAUGCAUACGAUGGAGCUGGACCACGAACCAGAAAUCAACAGCAACAACAACCACAACAACACAUUAGGGAUUGGAAUGAUGAACAAUGUGAUUGAGAUCGAGAGUGAGAGAUUAGGUUUGCUCGUGCGAACUGGCUGUUGUCGACUCGACACAUCCGCGAACGGUGGAUGAACGUAAAAUAGGCAUUUUUUCUGAUUUAAAUUAUUUGACACAUUGCUUUUCUACCUCUCUUUUUUGUAUGAGGAACUAUCCCCGUCCAGCAGGCUCUCCACGAUUACUUUCGCAAUUAAUUAAUGACACUAACGCGGGAAGCAUAGCGUGAAAGGGAAUGUGAGGGAUGGGAAAACUAGUACGGUUCUAUGUUGAGCUAUUAGUCCCGGAAAUCAUCUUCAAGCAGCAGCGACUGGUGGGGUUUAAUUGUGUUUACGACGACUAUCAUCAACUAUUAGAGAUAGGGGCAAGACACGGCGAGUAUGACGAUAGGUGAGUGUAGUACUCUCGCGUGCGUGUGCGAGGAUGAAUUAGGUAUAUUUUUUGUAAAUACAAAUAAAUAUUUCUUCUCGAUUUA